AGAGGAACAUAAAAAAGAAAAAAAAAAAAAAGAAGCAGAGAGAGAGGUUUGAUGCGUAACCAAGGAUGCAAUAUUCCGCCUCAAUCUCAUCGCCUUCGUCUCUCGCGCUUCACUCAACCCUAACUCGAUCGCCUCUCUCCUUGUUCAUCUUCACUCCCAAAACCCUAAUCUUCACCCGAACCAGAUUCUCUGAUUUCUCUUCUCCCCUUCUUGCUUCCCGGCGAUCUCGCGAUUUCAUCAACGGGAGGGAUGAUUUCGCAGAGGAUACGAGGAGCUGGAACCGGAAGAUCAGACCGGAGUACGGGUUCGAUGACGAUUACGAAGGUGAAGAAGACGAAGAUGAUCACGAGGAAGAAGAUAGAAGCUUGGAUCUCUUACUUAGAUUUGUAGAGAAUGUUUUCAGAAAGGUUUCCAAGAGAGCAAGGAAAGCCGUCAGAUCGAUCUUGCCUGUUUCCAUCUCUACGAAGCUCGUGGGGUUUUCAGUGAAUGGAGUACUUAUUCUUGCAUUUUUGUGGAUCUUGAAGGCUUUCCUCGAGGUAGCUUGCACACUUGGAACUAUUGUUUUUACGAGCAUUCUUCUUAUACGUGGACUUUGGGCCGGUGUAGCAUACAUACAAGAGAACCGCAACAACAGGAUCAAUGAACUUGCUGAUGACCCCCGUGCUUGGAACGGGGUGCAACCAGUUUCUUGAUUAAUCCCCCUUACGUUCCCGGAAAUCAGAACUCUGAGUUUUGGGAGCCAGAAUUGGUUUAGGAGGGUCUUCCCAAGUCAAUAAAACCACAGCUGAAUUCAGAAUCAGAAAGCAGCGUUACAGUAGAUGUUCCGUUCAUUGGCAAUAUCUGAUGAUUUAGUAAGUAAAACAAAGUGUUAUAUUUGUAGCAAUCACCAAGUCAGCUAUGGAAUCUGGUGUGCAGCUCAUCCAAGAAUUAAGUCAAUAAAACCAAAUAUAUAGAAAUCAUAACAUACUUUUACCUUUCUAGUUUUGUACAUAAUCAAAAGCUUCUUGACCCCUUGGCUUGAAUGAUAAAUCUGCCUCCAUGAUAAUCUGCGAGCACAUCAGUGUUGUUUAUAUCUUCUUCAACCCAGUUCAAUACCACCACACCAAUCACAUUGA